AUGACCUACGAUUCGGCGGUCGUCGGCGCGCGUGAGGCCUCGGAGAGACUGCAAGGAACGCAUAUCGAGGUGAUCGAUACGGAGAGCGCCACCGGCUCCGGCCUCAUGGUGAUCGAGGCGCUCAGGCUUUCGGCGCAGGGCCACACAUCCGAUGAGAUCGUCCGGCGGACGCAGGAGCUCGUGCCGCGAGUUAAGGUUAUCGCCACGCUCGACACGCUGUACUACCUCCAGAAGGGUGGACGCGUGCCCGUGCUGGCUCAUCUGGGAACGUCUCUCUUGCAGGUCAAGCCCAUCUUCGAGAUGUAUCGCGGAGAGGUGAGCACGAUAGCCAAAGUGCGGACCGCCAAGAGGGCUAAGAGUAAGCUCGUCGACCUGCUCCGUGAGGACGUCGGUGAGGGUCGACUCCACGCGGCCGUCCUACAGGGCAACGUCCCCGACGAGGCCAAAGAGCUGGAAGAGCGCAUCGCUUCGGAGUUCGACUGCGCCGAGCUUUACGUCGGGACGUUUUCCCCCGUGAUAGGCGCGCACACAGGUCCGGGACUGCUCGGCGUCUCCUACUGGUCGGAGAGCGAGACGGUUUGA